AUGAAUGAAAAUCAAAAACCCGACCUUAGUGCCCUCAAAGAGUUUAAAAUGAAUGUCGACGUAUGGUCGACCUACGUCAGCAGAUUGAAGGCGUGGUUCACUAUACAAGAUGUAAAAGUUGUUGAUUUUUCGAAAUACCUAGUUGCGGUAGUGGGCACCGAGCCUUUAGAUUUGAUCAUAGACCUGUGCUACCCGGAGACACCCGAAAAGGUUGGUUUCGAUAAAAUUGUAACCUUAGUCGAAGAACAUCUUUCACCAAAAAGGUCAAUAAUCGCGGAACGAAUGAUCUUUAGGGCAUGUAAACAAGUCGAAGGUCAAACCAUAAGCGAGUACCUCGUGCAAUUGAAGAAACUGAGUAAGCAUUGUAAGUUUUCGGAUAACAACAUUUUGAAGGAAAACAUACGGGACCAAUUUGUUUACGGCUUACUAAGCGAGCGCAUUCGUCAGCGAAUGCUCACAGAGGACGACGACCUCACGUUGAAACGCGCCACGGAAUUGGCGUUGUCGCUGGAGGCGGCCGUUCGAGACUCCAAGUCAGCGGGGCUGGCUCAGCAGCCGGCAGCCGCGUCGGGCAACCGCAGCGAAGCGGAGCCCGUGUUCGCGGUCAGCGGCGGCGGCGCGCCGCGCCAGCGAGGCGGCGGCGGCAGUGGCGCGCGGGCUCGAGGCUCGCGCCACAGGCCUCAGCGUCGAGGCUACGGCGACUACGGCCGAGGAGGGUCGACAUCGUCAGGAGGACAGUGCUAUCGUUGUGAUGGACGACAUCCGGAGCAACAGUGUUCAUUUAAAAAUAGUGAGUGCUAUGUGUGCGGUGAUGUAGGUCAUAUCGCCAAAAUGUGUCGUUUUAGAAAAAAUCCCAAACAAGUACAUCGCGUCAUCACUGAGGGGAUCGAUGGACUGCAAUCUGACGAGUCCGAGUCCGAGGACGGGCCCCUACAAGUCUAUCAGCUGAGCGACGCCGACGCGGAACCAGAUACUAAGUGGAUGGUUAAGGUAAACGUCAAUAACGUUUUAUUAAUUAUGGAAGGGGACACUGGUUCCGCAAUUAGCGUUAUAUCCUUUAGUAUAUAUAAGGAACAUUUUGGUAAUUGUAAACUAUACCCAUACGAGUCGAAUUUAACAAUGUACAGUGGUCAAAAGGUGAAACCAAAAGGUAUAAUUAUUUGUACGGUACAACUCGGUAACCAAACUGUACAUGGCUUAAAAUUGGUUGUCUACGAUAAUAAUUCUAGUCCACCGUUGCUAGGCCGUAAUUGGUUGAGGGCUUUCGGUAUUGAAUUUCCGCGCAUAAAUGAUAACAAUAAUGUGAACUCUGUGAACGUAAAAGUUAGUAGUGAAAAUAUCUGUACGAAACUAAUAAAGCUGUUUCCAAAUGUUUUUGCGGACGGUAUUGGUACUUUUAACAAAACAAAAUUAAGAUUAGAUAUAAAUAGUGACGUAACGCCCGUGUGGCGGCGGCCCCGGCCCGUGCCGAUCGCGCUGCGGCCCGCCGUGGAGACCGAGCUGGAGCGACUGCAGCGCGAGGGCAUCAUUUCGCCCGUGGAGUGGAGUGACUGGGGGACACCCGUGGUGCCGGUCAUCAAGAAAAAUGGGGACGUUCGGCUGUGUGGAGACUUUAAAACAACGGUUAACCCGGUUUUAGUCGAUGAUAAGUACCCUAUUCCGCGGAUCGAUGACAUAUUUUCGUCACUCCAGGGCGGGAAAUAUUUCAGUAAAAUUGAUCUGAGUCAAGCACCGGCGUGA